AUGUGGUGUCCUCUUAAUCAGCAGAUCCGAUUGUUUCAAAUCGAGAAUCCUCCAGAAGCCAUUCACUAUAACUUCCUGGAGACCAAAUACGGCCUGAUAAUGAUGGGCGUCAUUAAUCCAUUCAGCGUGGAUUCAAAAGACCAAGUCGCACUUUGUUCGCUUCACUUUGUGGAUAAGCAUGUCGUCAGGACUUAUGAUGAAGUGCGGAAACGGUGGCCAGGUUCUCCGCUGGAAAAGAACGACCCUUCCGUCCAGUUGAUGGCGGAUAAACUUUUUGGAGGCGACAAGGAGAACUCGGAGGUGAUUCCAAUCGUCACCAGGGGCACCAAAUUCCAGCAGACCGUAUGGUCAGCUCUUUUGGAUGUGAAAAGUGGCGAAACAUGCACCUAUAAGCAACUGGCCGAGCGCAUUGGACGUCCUACAGCCGUUAGAGCAGUGGCCAAUGCCGUGGCCAAAAACGACAUUGCCUUCCUCAUUCCGUGCCACCGGAUUGUGUCCCAAAAUGGAGCAUCUAAGUACCACUGGGGUUCAGCCCUCAAGCAGCAGCUCCUCGACGCCGAAAAGAACUCGAACUAUUAAAAAGUGUUACUUGUAUCUUUAUUGAAACUCA